UAGAACUUAUCUUACAUGAAAACUAUUUAUGUCAAUCGUGACGUGGCAACCAACCGCGUACACCAGAAGCAUCCAUUCAAACGUCAAUCUGAAAAAGGAAUCCUAAAACAACCACAACUCACAAGCAGGCCUUGGCUUAGACCCCAAGCCACCGCCUAUAUAUACAUACAUUAUACACACAAACCUCAAAUUCAGUUUCCAAAGAAGAAGAAGAAGACGGAGAUGGGAGGAGGAACGGAAGCUUUUCCAGAGCUAGGACGACACUGCGAGCAUCCAGAUUGCAAUCAACUUGAUUUUCUUCCUUUCGAUUGCGACGGAUGUCACCAGCUGUUCUGUUUGGAACACAGAUCGUACAAAUCUCACGGCUGCGCCAAAUCUGACUUCAACAGUAGAAAGGUCGUCGUGUGCGAGAUCUGCUCGACUGCAAUCGAAACGACCGGCUUUGCCGGAGAAGACGAGAGGUCGAUUUUGAUGAAUCAUGAGAGGUCUAAGGAUUGUGAUCCUAGAAAGAAGAAGAAGCCGACUUGUCCUGUAAGGCGGUGCAGGGAGAAACUCACCUUCUCAAAUACCGCGACCUGCAAAACGUGCGAAUUGAAGGUGUGUUUGAAGCACAGAUUCCCGGCGGACCAUGAGUGCAAACCAUCGGCUUCGACUUCGACUGCUUUGGCGGUGAAUGGUUUGGUUAACAGGUUUUGGGUUGCUUUGGGUGCAAGGAAUGCUACCGAUUGUGCUAAGGAGGAUCCGCAGCCUUCUUCUUCAUCAAGAAGAAAUCCGUUUGUUAAAGGAUAUUGAGUUUUCAAUGAUAUAUUACCAAUGUAUUUGUAUUUCCCUUAAAUUACGCUGUUUUCUUUCCAUAAAUUCUCGAAUUGAAAACUUUUAAGAACAAAAAUGGGCUGUUAAAAGUUGUCUAUCCUAUCUUGGAAGUUCUGAGGUUCAGAGAGCACACAAAUU